GCGCCGAGCCGCAGCAGAGGAACCGCUUAGCGCGCGCCGCGAAGGGGGCUAGCGCGACCGCACACAGACUGCCGCCGACCGGUCCGGAGAAAGAGAGGAAAAGACGCGGGCGGACCUCGAUGAUCCUCUCCGCGGCAGCCAGCGGGGAUAAAAUGAGGGAGAAGAAGCAGACGAACAGGACGCAAACUCGCGGCGGCUGAAAGGAGGAACGGAGAAAAAGUGUGGCCGUGGGAAACUGGGGACAUCGGGAUAAAUCGGAAAGCGGCUCUGAAGAACUCCCCUGCGGGCGAGGAGAGAAGUAAGCGUGUGAGACGCGGCGCCUGUUCCCGCGGGGAUUGCCUCUCCUUCACCCUGGGGAGGGGGGAGCUGCUGGUGAUCUCCCCUGGGGUGUCGCAGGAAAAGGAGGGAGAACGAGGGAAUGAGAGAGAGCUGAAUUCCAAGUGUGGGAACUGCUGUUGCGAAGAGCCGGCACUUGGAGAGAGAGAGAGAGAGAAAGAGAGAGAGAGAGAGGGAGAGGAGGAGGAGGAAACAACGGGCAACCGUAGAAGACGAUUAGGGAUGCACAGAGGAGGUGGGGCCGUGGUGGGUGUCGGCAUGGAAACCACUCAAGCCUCUGACCGCUGUCCCUGUACGGAGGGCUGACUGUAGCCGGGGUCUGAGAACCGGCUCACUACAGGCACGGACGUGCAGCCCAGCUCCGUCUAAGGAAGCAGCCUGUGUACGGAUAACCCUGAAGACUCACCCCCCCUUCCUUUUCUGCAACUUCUCCCACCCUCCUCUUGGAUUUUUAUCAGUGGUAGUCUCUUUCUUCCUCCUGCUCUUUCCCUCUCUCCCUCCUGUACGCUGGGAGGAGCGGUAGCAGGGGCGGCACGCUUGGAAAAGGGGGGGUUGGUGUUUGCUUUAUCGGGCAGGCUGACCAGCCUCAUGGGAAGGGGCUUCAGGUGGACUUAAGAAGCAGGGGAGGGAGACACAACCGGUAGUGGAGCUCUUCCUUCAACUCUGACUUGGCUCUCGGCUCCGUAAGCGAGCGGCUGAAAAGAGGGGCGUGUGUCUGUGUGUCUGUGUGUGUGUGUGUAGGAGUGUGUGUGCUUGGUUGUGUGUGUUCAGGCGUUUGUGUGUAUGCGUGUCGCAGUGGAUUAACUCCCCCGGAGGUUUACGUCCACCCUGGCUCUUCAUGUGGGCCUGGUCCUUCCAGGCCGGGCUGGGGGAUGACCUUUUCUCCGCUGCGCUAGGAGCUCUGCCGGCCGCCAUGGCACUGGAACGGCCCCGCUGUCCCCGACGGGGGUCCCCCGGGAGAGCCCUGGCCACAAGGGGGCGCCGGCAGCCCGCCCGCGGGGCCAGUCAGGCGACCGCAGCCUUCUUGGGCAGGACUCGUCUCCACGGGCUGAAGCAGGUGUGCUCUCCGGGGUCCUCGCCCCAGCACCGCGCCCUCUGGCUGCUGGCGUUCUGCGCCUCCCUGGGCCUCCUGCUCUCCUGGUCCUCCAACCGCUUGCUCUACUGGCUCUCCUACCCAACCUACACCAAGGUGCACAUGGAGUGGGCCAAGGAGCUCCCCUUCCCAGGCGUCACCAUCUGCAACAACAACCCCGUCAGACUCUACAAGCUCACCAAGAGCGACCUGUACUUCGCCGGACACUGGCUGGGCCUCCUCAUGGCCAACCGGACCGCCCGGCCCAUGGUCUCGGACCUGGUGCAGGAGAACAGGCGCGACUGGUUCGACAAGCUGUCCGACUUCCGCCUCUUCCUGCCCCCGCGGAACUUCGAGGGGACCAGCCUGGAGUUCCUGGAUCGGCUGGGUCACCAACUGGACGACAUGCUGCUGUCCUGCAAGUACCGGGGGGACGACUGUGGGCCGCACAACUUCUCCACCGUCUUUACCAGGUAUGGGAAGUGCUACAUGUUUAACGCAGCGGAGGAAGGGAAGACACUCCGCACCACGGUGAAGGGCGGCACAGGGAACGGCCUGGAGAUCAUGCUCGACAUCCAGCAGGACGAGUACCUGCCGGUGUGGGGCGAGACGGAGGAGACUGCGUUCGAGGCGGGGGUCAGAGUUCAGAUCCACAGCCAGGCGGAGCCCCCGUUCGUCCAUGAGCUGGGGUUCGGAGUGGCCCCGGGAUUCCAGACCUUCGUGGCGACACAGGAACAGCGGCUGACGUACCUGCCCCCGCCGUGGGGGGAAUGCCAGUCGAAGGCCCCGGAUUCCGGAUUCUUCCAGGUGUACAGCGUCACCGCCUGCCGCAUCGACUGCGAGACGCGCUACAUCGUGGAGAACUGCAACUGCAGGAUGGUGCACAUGCCAGGUGAUUCUCCCUUCUGCACCCCCGAGCAGUACAAGGACUGUGCCGAACCAGCACUGGCGACAUUGUCGGAGGAGAACAACAACUGCCUGUGCCGGACUCCAUGCAACACGACGCGCUACAACAAGGAGCUCUCCAUGGUGAAGAUCCCCAGCAAGACUUCUGCUCGAUACCUGGAGAAGAAGUUCAACAAAUCUGAGAAAUACAUAUCGGACAACAUACUGGUCCUGGACGUGUUUUUCGAGGCCCUCAACUACGAGACCAUCGAACAGAAGAAAGCUUAUGAAGUGGCUGGUUUGCUGGGUGACAUCGGUGGCCAGAUGGGGUUGUUCAUUGGUGCCAGCAUCCUGACCAUACUGGAAGUGUUUGACUAUGCCUACGAGGUGAUGAGGGACAGGUUACUGGAGCUGCUGUGCAGAGAGGAUGAGGAAGGUAGUCACGGUGAAGAUGUGAGCACCUGUGAUCCAGUGGGGAACCAUUCUGAAGCCAUCAGCCACACUGUGAGCGUCCCUCUGCAGCCCACCCUGGGCGCGCUGGAGGAGAUCGCCUGCUGAUGCCCGGGCCGCACCGCCUCCGCGCUCCCGCCGAUCGGGCCGGAGAUCACGGGACGCGCCCUGGACCGACCGCACGGCCUCCUCAGGACAGCAGCCCGUGCGGGGCGCAGCCGAACAGACAUACGCCCGGGCGUGUAUUACCCUACACCAUACACAGCACAAUUUCGGAGAGAGGACCCACCUCCCGGACUCGAGUGCGGUCGUUGUGACGGACGGACGGACGGACGGACGGACGGGCGGGCGGGCGAGAGCCUUCUGCUCCCUCCGUUCUGUUCCGCGGAGAGACCGCGAUGGGGAGCGUCUAUAACGCCGCAAUCGGCCAGAAAAAGGACGUGCAUCUGUAUAUAAGAUUUGUGUACACGAGUCACUCUGCGUCUAUUCACAGUCUACUGCCAAAUUGUACAUUGUAAAACUGUCCUAUCUGCAUGUGGGUUCUUUGGAUACUGUUCUUUUUAACGCUGCCACUUACUCUCGCGCUCUCUCUCUAUCUCCCUCUCCCCCUCUCUCUCCCUCUCUCUCUAUCUCUCUCUAUCUAGCUCUCCCCCUCUCUCUCUAACCUCUCCCCCUCUCUCUCUACCCUCUCUCUCUACCCUCCCUCGCUCUCCCUCUCUCUCUCUCUCCCUAUCUCUCUUCCUCUCUCUCUAUCUCUCUCUCUCUCGCUCUCUGUCUCUCGCUCUCUGUAUGGCUUGUUGGCGGAGUGACUUACGGCGAUGUCUUUUUGAGGGGAGCACAGCCCUGUUACAUUUCUGCUCUGCCCCGGGCAGCUUGUUUGUUAAUUAAAAAUGUGUGUGUGUGACGA